AUGGCUCCAAAAGCAGGCAGGAGCCCCAAUGAAUCGCCCAAAGUGGCACAGGACUCCAAAGUGACCUGGACAUGGCGAGAGAGGCCUUUCAAGCCACCAAAGCGGAGCGCAGGAGAUGAAGCGCCCAGCCAAAAUCAAGGUGCUGAGACGCAGGACGUCAAAGACGAGCAACCUGCAGGAGGAAGCCAGCAGCCGACUCCACGCAAAAAACCGUGGACGGGCACCAAGUGCGAGGGGCAGAGGAGGAUCAAAGACGUCCGGCAGCAAAUGGAGCAAAUGGAGACGGCGAGAGCUUCACCGAGCAAGGCUCAAACGUGUCGCUCCUCCUCGCCAGGAGGGAACGAGGUACAAGAUGGCAAACCUGCCUGGCAACGACUUCAUGAUGACCACAAAGAAAGGCAAACGAGUCAGGCACAGCGUCAAAAAGAGCGUCGACAGGCUUCAGAGCUGGAGGCGCAGAUGCUGCUGCAGCAGGUCAUGCGGCGAGAGCGGUUGCCUGCAGAACAGAUUGAGGAGAUCACAAAAAGACUCUACUCCGAUGGACUGGAGAAACAGAAGCAACAGAAAGAGCAGGCAAUGAAGGAUCAUGACAGAUACUGGGCGAAGUUUUUUGGCGGCAAGGCAACCAGUGACCAGGUCUCUUCAGUUUUUCGUGGUGUCACACUAUAUGAGGCGUUCAUGAAACAUCAGAAGAGAGCUGCCGCACGGGCUACAGCUCCAGCGGCUGCAGAAGCCGAAGAAAAAGAGAGGAGGGGAUUCAGCCCGCAGUACCUGCAGAAGCUCGUGCGCUGGGGUCUGGAGAAGAAGAAACGCAUAGAACGACGGAAGCAAGAGGAGGAUUUGAGGAUGGAGGCUGAGCUCGAGUCGAUGUCUGUGCACCAUGGAGCAGGAAUCAGCCAGCCUGCCAGACAUGAGAUGCUCUACUUGGAUUCGUUGGAGCGGGCGCAGCGGUUGAAGGAAGCGCAGUCAGUGCGAUGGGGUGUGGAUGAGCAGAAAGUCCUAGGGGAGAAAGAGCAUGCUGAACUGUUUCUUCAGCUUUACAAUGAUGCUCAAAGGCGUGCCGAAUCCCUAAAGCUUCGUCGGCAUUGCCUGGAAAAGCAGCAGGCAUCCGAGCUAGAAGCUCAAUCGGUACAUGCAGCAGCGAAGCAGAGUAAAGCCUGGACAGCCAAGCAGCAGCAAGAAGCCAUUGAGCGAAUCGCGCACCCUCUGCAGUCUGGACAAAGUACGCCCCGCAGACCGCAUUCUGCGCCACCCAGAAGAGCGAGUCCACAGGCCGCCAUGAAACUUCAAAAGCAAGAGCAGCUGCCUGGGAAGCAAGGUCAGACCUGUCCUAAGGCAAAGCAGGAAGCUGCAGCGUGCGGUGCAAAGACACCUAAACCGCAGCAAACCGCCACGCCCAGCAGAGAGGAAGCGCACCCACAAGCGCAAGCGGCUGCUAGAGGAAGUAGCGUGGGACAAGGUAAAGACAGAGAUGCAAAGCAAGGAGACCACGCAAGCGAGACAUGCGAAGCGGGAAGAAAGUCGAAGCCGUUCAGACCCACAACUCCACGCUCUUCACAUUCCACACCUGGGCCAAGCACGCUGAGCACACAGGUGCAAGCUGUAGCAGGGCCAAGCCCUCGUGAAGCUGCUUGUUCCAGGUCAAGACAGCCAGCAAGAGCUCCCAGCUCCAAGGGGACGAAGCAGCCACAAAGCUCCAAGAAGGCGGAAAGUGUAGCACCUACAGAAGCUGUAGACAGACAGACCGCAAAAGGCCCAGAGGAGACAGCUACGCCGAAGCCACCAUUCCGGCCGCCGGGACGGAUAGCUGCAACCGACUUGGCAGACGGGAGGAAAAGCUGUUUGCGUGGGUUUGAUGAUGCCAACGGCGCUUCGGUAAACAGAAAAAACUCAGCCUGCACGGCACACAGCAGGGAUUCGGUCAUCCGGUUGCUCACAAAAUCCGUCAGACUGGUUCGAUCCAUGCAUGAUACACACAGUUCGCCUUGA